GUUUUUCAUCUCUUUAACUCAGCCAUGACGUUAUUUCUAGUCGAGACAAGCUGCAGCCUUAUUGGCUGGCUUUUUCUGUAUAUUCUGCUGUGUCACGUGAACAGAAAGCGAAAUGCCGAGUGGAACUGCAGACUCAUCACCCUGAUCCACGGGGUCCUCAUAGUUUUGCUAACUGCUUACAUCGGGUUUGUUGAUGGGCCAUGGCCAUUCACAGAUGUCGGCUCAGAAAACACCCCACUUCAGAUCCUAGCCCUGCUCCUCAGUCUGGGCUACUUCCUCUUUGACAUGGCCUGGUGUGUGUACUUCCGUACAGAGGGUCCUAUAAUGCUGGCCCAUCAUACCCUAAGCAUCCUGGGCAUUGUGUGCGCUCUGGGAAUGGGUGAAUCAGGCAUUGAGGCAUGCGCGGUGCUCUUCGGCAGUGAAAUCACCAAUCCACUCCUGCAGGCCCGCUGGUUCCUCAAGCAGAUGGGCCGCUAUGACAGCCUGAGCGGUGACAUCGUCGACUUCCUCUUCAUCACACUCUUCGCCUGUGUGCGGAUCGGCGUCGGUGGCCGCAUGCUCUACUGUGAGCUGGCGUCUCCAAAACCCAAACUGGUCAUGAAGGUGGGCGGGGUAGCCAUCUACGCCCUCUCUUGCGUCUUCAUGGUGGACAUUGCCUGCUUUGCUUGUCGGAAAACCUGCAGCAAGUACAGACGAUGGCAGGAACAGAAGAAGCUUAAUAAUGCUAAUGGUCAUAAUCGAGCACUGAAAUAACAAGCUAAAGCAAGUGGACAAUGGAGGGAACAUUUGUAUUUUGUUUAUGACUUGAAAUAAAGGCUGUUUAUAGCAAAGUGCAACAACCUUCACUGUAGCAUCACAGAACCUGAGUACUUCAUCCAAAAUGCUUAUGUAGAUGUAUAAGUACAGAUACUUAUUAAGAACAUAAGGUUGAUAG